AUGGCCGAGAGGCUUGCGAAGUUCUCUGGCUUUCCCGUUAUUGUCCGCCCGCUCGAAGAUUAUCCUUUGCAAUUGAGGAAUCCCAGGUAUGAGGGCUAUAGUACUAGGGACAAUACGCGAAACAGAUCCAAUGCAAAUGCUGUACCUAGCGGCAGCACACAGAGGGUCAGUUCUGCUGGAAGUGACGCCCCAUGUGAUGGCGGCGUUCACGUCCAGGGUGACAAUGGAAGCGCAGCGGAAAGACGACCCGAGGGGAACAGAGAUCCCCAUGAAGAAGACCCAGGACGCCCUCUCGCGCGGCCGCCGCCAUUGACAGCGCAGGAUGCGGCUCCGACGGAAAUAGUCCACAAGACAGACGUCACCUUGAGGUUUCUAAAGAUCUCCCAAGAUCAUGGCAACUUCAUUCAGGUCAUAACAGCGGCCAAGAAACCCCGACGGCCUCCUUUCGGGAUCGAAAGGGUGUCCGAACCCUUUAUUCACGCCCACGUCCAUCUCGAGUUCAGGAGCGAUGAAGAUACCAUGGUCGACAACGCUUAUGGAUCGGUUGGCUUCCUUGCCAAAAGACCGUGGUGUUUGGAGACUGGAUAUCUUGACAAAGACCCAGGGCAAGCGCGCCCAGAAGAAAGCCUAAAUUCACUUCCCUCUCUGGAAACGUCCGAGAUCUGGGGUGUAGACCGUCUACGAAUGAAUUGCGAUUGGGCAAACGAGACAUCUGGCUACUGCGGACUCAACACAAGGAUUACACAACGGGAAACCAAUAAACUUCUAGCCUCUCGUAUUCAGGUGAACUAUGGCUUAUCCGUGGAAGUUGACACCCUGGACCGUACGGUGAGCAUGCUCGAAAUUGUGAUUCCAAAUGAUGGAAGCGUUCAGCAGAUUCCCGACGUAUUGUUCAUUUAUCGCCACCAAAUGCAUUGCUGGGUAAAAAGUGACUCCAGGCCAGGUAUCAAAGGCAUCAUGGUGUUUGCUACGCAUAUUGUCCCAGACAUGUUCACCAAGAAGCCUCUUAAGAUCUCGCAACGUUGUGAAGUCGACCUGCUGAAUCCAAACAGUAGGCAGACGAAUGGUUCCAAGAGUUCUACUGCUUCGAUGUGGCGAACGGCGAAGGAUUUUACCCUUCGAGUUGCAAAAAUUCCUGGGGUAAAACAAGGCUUGAGUCUAUGCCGGCGCAUAUUCCCAUCCAGAAACUGGAAGACAAAGAACGAACAAGCAAAGGUGUUACCCAUCUACGCUCGUAGACCUAUCGGGUGGGACCACACGAGAGAGAGAUGGUGCUAUCCCCUCUGGCCCAAGUUGGACUCCAAGCCACAAGAUUUGCCACCAGGGUCCAAGGCGAGAUGGUUUCUCAAGUGGGGGGAUGAGGACGGUGCCGACUGCACCAGCUCAGAGACAUCAAGUACAGCAGGUGGCUACAGCUGGCGGAGGUAA